GUAAUCACGAUAAUGUCGGUUUCAGUAGCAACUCCAAAUGACUCUAAACGUGAAGUAAUAAAUACUCUGAAAAUAUAAGCAAAAAAAUACCAUUUUCUGUGAGGAAUAUUGUCUUUUGUUAGUAUAAAUAAAUACACGCUAUAUUUCGUAGUGAAUUAUUAAAUAAACGACGAUGUCUGACUUGGAUAAUAGAAAUAAUUCCAAUAACAGUACAUGUGACCGUGACAGAGAUCAAAGAGGCAAAAAAGAUCGUCGUUUUAAUAACGACUACAAAAGAAAUCGGGGUUCAUACCAUGGCGGAUACCAAAAAGAUUUUGGUAAGAGACCAUUCAAACGCAACUGGUCGAACAAUCAAAAUGACGGAAAGAGGAAAAAAUUGGAAGUUGGUAGACGACUGAAAGAACAUGAAGUCGGCAUUACAGAAUUUAUAGGUAGUGAAGGAUUUUUUGGUGUAAUUAAAGAAAGAUACACAGACUUUCAUGUCAAUGAAAUUACGCUUGAUGGAGAAACAGCUAAAUUGACUAAUCAAGACAUGCCAGAAGACCCUAAAGAAGAUCAGAAUAUUGAAGAUCUGCAGCAUAGUAUACCAGAUAAGAUAUGGGAUCUGCUGCAGGCAUUAAAAGACCCAGUAUGUUCUUCUAUAAAGAUAGAUGUAACAAAUAUGGAUAAAAAUCAACGCAGAGCAAUUCAUACUAUUGCUAAAAAACUAACAAAUGUUAUUAGUCAAACUGUUGACAAAGAAACUAAAAAGAUCAUGGUGAUUGUACCAGAUAAACAGGAUAACAGUAGUAGUCAUAAUAUUCGAAGGGAUAAUAGGGUAGACUGGAAAAAGCGUGGUGAAUAUUGUUACUUUGUACUGCACAAAGUGAAUAUGGAUACGAUGGAUGCUUUGAAUCAGUUAGCUAUGAACUUACGUAUAAAAUCAAAUAAUUUUAAUUAUGCUGGGACAAAAGAUCGUAGGGCAUGGACAACUCAGUGGGUUAGUUUGAGAAGGAUGGAACCAUUGGAUAUAUUGAGAGCAGCAAAAAAUGUACGAGGAGCUUAUGUGGGAAACUUUAAAUUUAUGAAAAAACCUUUAAAACUAGGUAUGCUCAAUGGCAAUCACUUCAGGAUUGCUCUGAGAAAUGUUAAUGGAACAGAUGAGCAAAUUGAGCAAACAAUGAUUUCUUUGAGAGACCAUGGUUUCAUUAAUUAUUAUGGUCUACAGAGAUUUGGUACUGUGGCUGCUAUUCCAACUUAUGACAUAGGGAAAGCUCUCCUUCAGGGUAAAUGGAAUGAAGCAAUCGAACUAAUUUUGAAACCUAGAGAAGGGGAACAAGAUAGAGAUUUAGCAGAAGCUAGGAAGGUAUAUGCAUCCACCAAGGAUGCAGCUACUGCCUACAAGAAGAUUAGAAGAUACGACAAAAUAGAAGCUACACUUUUAAAGGGCAUUUGUAUAUCUGGAAAUAAUAAUCCCCAAGGAGCCUUAGAUGCAAUACCAAGGAAUGCUCGCUUAAUGUAUAUUCACGCGUACCAAAGCUUUGUGUGGAAUCACAUGGUAUCAAGAAGAAUAAAGGAAUUCGGAAGGAAGCCUGUAGCAGGAGAUUUAGUAUACGAAAAUAAUACUAAACAAAAUGAUAACGAUAGCGAUACUGCUAAUGAUAAUGAUAAUGAAAACUUCGUGUAUGUUAAUGAAAAUGAAGUUAAGACUGAGGAUAAUACGGAGUCUAAUGAAAAAACAAUUAAACAGGAAGCAAAAGAUGUGCUCCAAGAAGAUGUUAAUGAACAUGAAACUGAAACUGAGGAUAAUACAGAGUCUAAUGAAAAAACAAUUAAACCGGAAGCAGAAGAUGUUAAUGAAAAUGAAGUUGAGGCUGAAAAUAAUACAGAGCCCGAUGAAAAAACAAGUGAACAUAAACAUGAAGCAAAAGAUGUGCUGAGAGAAGGUGAAAUGACUGAAGUACCUAUGGAAACGUCUUCUUCGAUUAAAGAAGUAACAGAUGCUACAGAGUGUUGUUUAAAAAUAAACGAAAAUGUUGCAGAUAGUAAUACUACUAACGAGAAAGAUGACAAUGAAGACUUGCUUAAUCUUCCAACAGUAAAGAUUCUUACAGAGGAAGAUUUGCCGAACUAUACUCUGGCAGAUGUAUUAAUGCCUCAGGUUGGCUGGAAAGUCACGUACCCGCUGUACGCUAAAUCCUGGUAUGACGAGUUUUUAACAAAGGAUGGACUGACUACAGACCUUAGACAAAAGAAUAAAAAAUAUAGCUUAGGUGGAGCUUAUAGAAAAAUACUGCAAGUUCCUACGAAUUUAUCUUGGAAAACAAUGCAUUAUAAAGAAAAGCACAGUGAUCUUAUUAUGUGUGACAUUGAUGAGAUUAGAAAGUCAUCGCCUCCAAAAGAUGAACCAGAAGGGCAAUAUAAAGCUUUGAUUAUUGAGAUGUCUUUAAAAUCGUCUACGUAUGCAACAAUGGCUUUGCGUGAGAUUUUGAAAUACGAUACUUCUGCGCAAGCGCAGGCUGCCCAAUCUGCUGCAUGUAACCCGGACCCGGAGAAUGCUAAUACCUCAAAGAAUAUUACUGAAAAUGUAAAUAUAUGUUCUUUGCAAGAUACAAAUAAGAACGUUGAUGAAGGAAAGAGUUUGGAAUUAGAAGCAAAGCAAUCAAAUGAUUCCAAUACACUAAAACAAAGUGAACAGGAUGAUGGUAAAAUGGAAAUGUCCAAUGCAGUAUAG